AAGCAUAAGCUGUCACACUCAGUAAUGAACUAAAGAUCUCCAGUCACUUGAUUGAAAUAAUCUGGAAAGUAUUUAAGAAGCUCAUGGAGUAAUAUGAAUCAGAGUAAUAUAGGAUCUGCAGGAAGUUCCUCAAGAUAGUUGGAAAAGAAGAAUUUAUAGACUCUUCGUCAAGAUCUUCAUUUAUACAGCUGUUAAAUCCAAGGCUACAGUAGUGGUGAAACCAUGAAUAAAAAUACAUCUGCCAUAGUAUCAUCUGGUCUACUUGAAAAGGAUCCUGCCUUUCAGAUGAUUACAGUUACCAAGGAGACAGGCCUUGGUCUGAAGAUCCUAGGAGGAAUUAACCGGAAUGAAGGUCCCUUGGUAUAUAUUCAGGAAAUCAUUCCUGGAGGAGACUGUUAUAAGGACGGACGUUUGAAGCCAGGAGAUCAACUUGUCUCAAUAAACAAGGAGUCUAUGAUUGGUGUAUCAUUUGAAGAAGCAAAAAGCAUAAUUACCAGAGCCAAGUUGAGGUCAGAAUCGGCUUGGGAGAUAGCAUUCAUAAGACAGAAAUCUCACAGCAGUCAUUUAGAAAAUCCAUCGUGUUCAUCCCUUUUACAAGCUACAGGAGAAUAUGGACCUCAAGCCUCAAAAUUUAGUCUUCUUUCUUCUCCCCCUGAAAUACUAAUUCCAAAGACCUCAUCCACUCCCAAAUCUACAGAUGCCAUUUUACCUUCUUUUAAGAUAAAUCAGAUAAAAACUGGAUACAAGAAAACAGAACAGAGUCCAAUUACUUCUUCAGACAACAGCCCUACAGAUAUGCCUAAUACAGAUAUUGCCCCUGCCUUGACUGAUAAUUAUGGACCACAAGGAAAGAAGAUUUCCCUAAAUCCCUCUGUUCGCCUUAAAGUAGAGAAACUGGAAAUGGCUCUAAAUUAUCUUGGUAUUCAGCCCACAAAGGAACAACACCAAGCCCUGAGACAGCAAGUGCAAGUAGACCCAAAGGGGACAGUGUCUUUUGGAGAUUUUGUCCAGGUUGCCAGAAACUUGUUUUGCUUGCAUUUGGGUGAAGCAAAUGUUGGUGCACAUGAAAUUUCCACCAUAUUAGACUCACAGCUUCUUCCCUGUGAUUCCUUAGAAGCAGAUGAAAUGGAAAGGCUUAAGCAUGAAAGAAAUGAUGCCUUGGAAGAAGUGAAUACACUUAAGGAAAAAUUAUUUGAAUCGGAAAGGCAAAGGAAACAAUUGACAGAAGAACUCCAGAAUGUGAAACAAAUAAAAACAAAGCAAGCAAAAAACAAAAACCUCCAAAGCAGAGCAUUUUUAAAAAUAUUUUUUAAUAAUGAAAAGUAAAAAUUUUGGAUUUCCCUGGUGGGGCAGUGGUUAAGAAUCUGCCUGCCAAUGCAGGGUACACGGGUUUGAUCCCUGGUCGGGGAAGAUCCCACAUGCUGUGGAGCAGCUAAGCCCAUGCACCACAACUACUGAGCCCGUGUGCCACAGCUACUGAAACCUGCGUGCCUAGAGCCCGUGCUCCACAAGAGAAGCCACUGCAAUGAGAAGCCCAUGCACUGCAAUGAAGAGUAGCCCCCGCUCACUGCAACUAGAGAAAGCCUGCGCGCAGCAAUGAAGACCCAACGCAGCCAAAAAUAAAUAAAUUAAUUAAUUUUUAAAAAAUUAAUUUUCACUCUGCAUCAUUCUUCAGAGAAUUUUAAGUAACUUACAGCAAAAAAAUACAACGACAUCAUCAUGAAAUAGAGAUACGAGUAACAAACAAAUAAAAUAUUAAUAAGAGUAGGAGGUUAAGGGACCAUUGUUAUAGAUCAGUGGCAUUCACCUGAUUUUGAAUCUCCCCAACAUUAUCCUCUCAGAAAACAUAAAAUUUACAGAGCAAAAUAAAACCAUACAGGACCCAUACCGGUUUCUUUUGUUUGUUUGUUUGGGUUUUCUUUUGGCUGCGCCACUUGGCUUACAGGAUCUUAGUUCCCCAGCCAGGGAUUGAACCCAGGCCCACGGUAGUGAAAGCACCAAGUCCUAACCACUGGACACGCAGGGAAUUCCCAGGAUCCAUACCUUAAAUAUGGCUAUUGGACAGGGAACACCAGAACCUUCAAACUACAUACAAAUAGAGUUUAAAAAUUCCAACAAAUUCUUGUAGCUUGCCUGCCACUGAAACCUGGGGUACAAAGAGCAAAGGAGGUAAGGCUUAAAAACUCUGAAAAAGAAUAAGGAUAAACAGAGCAAUUAGAUGAAGUACUACAAAUAAAAUCACCCCCAGAAAGAGAAAAAUGCAACUAUUAAUGCCAAAAUACUGAACAGAGGCCAGGUUUUUGUGGUUCUCAGGACUUGAGAAAGUGUGUGCAACCAGAAGUGGCAGCCUUCGAGAUUCAUUGCUCCUGGGGAAGAAUCAAAUAGAGAAGGGUGGUAUCCCUUGGAGAUUGGGAAAUAAAGAGAAAAAAGGAAAUAAGAGGGGAAAAUUAAGGAUCUUGCAGAAAUGAAAGAGAAAUAAGACAUACCAAACCUCCUCUAUCUACCCUCCACUAUGACCGUCAACAACAUGAUCCAUAAAAGAAAUUGCACAGAAGAGGGUGCUAUUGAACUAAGAACUGUUUCUAUGAAAGAAAAAGGAAUUGGGAAAAAAAAUCUGUCCCUGUUAUUAUAAGACAACUGUAAAAAUCAGACAAUAUGAAUUAAAGCUUUCCUCCUAAUGAAAAGUCCAAAA